AUGCCUUCAAUUCCAAAACGCCAAAUUAUCUUCAUGGGCAUGUUUAAUAGGUACAUAAACUCUCUCAAAAAUCAUUCCUUUUCAUCACACACCCAUCACCACCAUCAUCAUUAUCACUCUUAUCUAUUCAGAAACAAAGCUUUGCCACAAAUUGACACCACCCUUCAAACUUCAAUGUUUUAUGUAUUUAAAAACUCCUCAGACGCCCAUUAUCUUCAAUUGAUUCAAUCUUCGUUGCCAAUGAACUCUUUUGUUGCAUUUCAAUUAUCCAAUUGCCAUUAUUGUUCAGAAACAGUUACCAUGAACCAAGAUUCUGGUUGUGGUGUGAGUGAUGAUGUUGUGGGGGUUAACGCUGUGGUGGAGAGUAGUGGUUUUGAGAGUGAUAUUGAUAAGGUGCAUAUCACUGUAAUGGAUAAUUUACUUGGUUUUCGUAAUAUGGAGAAAGCUCUUGAAAAAUUAGGGAUCCCAUUGUCCACACCAUUGGUUACUGGUGUGUUGCAUAGGCUUCGAUACGAUGAAAAGAUUGCAUUUCGGUUUUUCACAUGGGCUGGUCAUCAAGAUAAUUAUUCUCACGAGCCUUGUGCUUAUAAUGAUAUGAUGGAUAUUUUGUCUAGUACAAAGUAUAAAGUAAAACAGUUUCGGAUUGUUUGCGAUGUGUUGGAUUAUAUGAAGAGGAACAACAAGAGUACGGUUCCCGCGGAAGUUCUGAUGAAUAUUUUGAGGAAAUAUACUGAGAGGUAUUUGACUCAUGUUCAGAAGUUUGCGAAGAAGAAGAGGAUAAGAGUGAAGACACAACCGGAAAUAAACGCGUUCAACUUUCUGUUGGAUGCUUUGUGCAAGUGUUGCUUGGUUGAGGAAGCUGAAGGGUUCUAUAAGAGAAUGAGAAAAACGAUCAAUCCUAAUGGGGAUACGUAUAAUAUUUUGGUUUUUGGAUGGUGCAGGGUUAGAAACCCGACUAGAGGGAUGAAAGUGUUGGAAGAAAUGAUUCAAUUGGGUCACAAGCCUGACAAUUUCACGUACAAUACUGCACUUGAUACUUACUGCAAAGCAGGCAUGAUAACAGACGCGGUAGAGCUUUUUGAGUUCAUGAGGACAAAAGGUUCAAUCAUAUCUUCUCCCACUGCCAAAAGUUAUUCAAUUCUAAUUGUGGCUCUCGUCCGAAAUGAUAGAAUGGAGGAAUGUCUUAAAAUUAUCGGGCAUAUGAUUAGCAGUGGUUGUCUUCCUGAUGUCACGACAUACAAGGAUAUAAUCGAGGGUAUGUGUUUGUGUGGUAAAAUAGACGAAGCUUACAAGUUCUUGGAAGAGAUGGGAAACAAAGGUUACCGGCCUGAUAUUGUUACUUAUAAUUGUUUCCUCAAGGUUCUCUGCGACAAUAAGAAGUCUGAGGAAGCCCUUAAACUAUAUGGAAGAAUGAUUGAUUUGAAUUGUGUUCCUAGUGUCCAAACAUACAAUAUGCUGAUUUCAAUGUUUUUUAGGAUGGAUGAUCCUGACGGGGCAUUUGAGACUUGGCAAGAAAUGGAGAAGAGGGGUUGUAGACCAGACACAGAUACAUAUUGUAUCACGAUUGAGGGCUUAUUUAACUUCAAUAAAGCAGAAGAUGCUUGUAUUCUUUUGGAAGAAGUGAUAAACAAGGGAAUGAAACUUCCGUAUAGAAAGUUUGAUUCCUUGUUGAUGCAACUUUCAGUGAUUGGUGAUCUCCAGGCUAUUCAUAAGCUCUCGGAUCAUAUGAGGAAAUUCUAUAAUAAUCCUAUGGCAAGACGCUAUGCUCUAAGCCAGAAGCGUAAGAGCAUGGGUUUGAGAGGGAAGUCAUAG